AUGUCUACUAAAGUUGCCCAAUUCGAACAAACAAUAUCUAAGGAUCACCCAGUCUACAAACCAGAAAAAGGUAGAUACUGGUUGUACAUUUCUGCUGGUUGUCCAUUUGCUCAGCGUACUUGGAUUACCAGAGCUGUUAAGAAUUUAACAAGCGUAAUUGGUGUUACUGUCGUUCAUUGGAAAUUAAAGGACUUAAGUUGGAAAUUGGUCCCUGGUGAUGCUUCACAACUUGGUGAUAUGGCAUACACUAUCGAUGGUGGUAUGAUUAGCUCUAAAUAUGAUUCUUCUACUUUAUUAGGUGACAAAUUAAAUGAUGAUAAUGAAGUUCCCUUCGUUGAUGGUACUGUCGAUCCAAAUUAUGGUAUUACAAGUAUCCAGCAAUUAUAUGACAUGAUGACUGAUGUUGAAUACACGGAUACACAUGAAUUCCCAAUUUUAUGGGAUUUGAAGACGAGGACUAUUGUCAAUAAUAACUGGAAUCAAAUUCCAGGUAUUUUGAAUAGUGCUUUUGCUAAUUUCCCCGAGACUCAAGGUACUAUAGACUUAGUUCCUACUUCUGUUGCUAAGGAGAUCAAAGAAUUUAAUGAAUGGUUAUCUCCUCAUAUUAAUUUUGCAGUUUAUGAAGUCGGUUUAGCCACCGAACAAGGAAUCUAUGAAAAGAAUUUAGUUCAAUUCUAUAAGGAUUUAGAUACUGUUGAAGAUAAAUUAAAAGCUGUGUAUAAUGCUCUGGAGAAAGAAUACGGUUCUAGCAAUCAAGAAGAUAUUUUGAAAAAAUUCUUUUUAUUCAAUGGUCAGUUGACAGAAUGUGACAUUAGACUGUAUGCUACCAUUAUUAGAUUUGAUCCAGUAUAUGCUGUUCACUUCAAAUUAAACUGGAGAACUAUCAGAGGUGAUUACGGGUAUAUUCAUUUAUGGUUAAGAAACUUGUAUUGGAACCACAAGGAAUUUAGUGCUACCACUAACUUCGAUCACAUGAAGUUGUUAUAUUUCCGUUCCCAAUUGGAAGCCAAUCCAAACGGUUUAGUGCUAUAUGGUCCAGAAAAGAAUAUUUUAGAGCUAUAG